CUCCGCCCCCAGUACCUGUUCCUGUUGGCGAUGGCGGAGGUGAGUAAACGAGGCAGUUACCUGGCAUUUGCUUCCGCUGGCUCCACCUGACAGACCCGCAAACUUAAGAUCACAGGAGCCUCAAGCGUUCCGGCAUCCUCAGGAUGGCGCUCUCAGGGGCUGGCGAAGGGGAUUUGGAGAGGGGCAACCGGGAACCGUUCCUGGUGAGAGCUGUGAAAAUAGCCCUGGUGGUGAUGCUCUACUGGUUUAUCUCGAUCACCAUGGUGUUCCUCAACAAAUACCUCCUGGACAGCCCUUCCCUGAAGCUCGACGCCCCGCUCUUCGUCACCUUCUAUCAAUGCUUGGUGACGGUGCUUCUGUGCAAGGGUCUCAGUCUGCUGUCCCACGUCAUCCCACCCAGCGUCAUGGAGUUUCCCUCGGUGCGCUUUGAUCUCAAGGUUCUGCGGAGCGUUCUGCCCCUGUCCGUGGUUUUUAUCGGUAUGAUCACCUUUAACAAUCUGUGCCUCAAGCACCUCGGAGUGGCCUUCUACACGGUGGGCAGGUGCCUGAGUACUGUCUUCAACGUGCUGCUCUCGUACGUUCUGCUGAAACAAACCACGUCGCUGUACGCGCUGCUGUCCUGUGGAGUCAUCCUUGGAGGCUUCUGGCUCGGCAUUGACCAGGAGGGACAAGGUGGUACUCUGUCCUGGGCUGGCAUAUUCUUUGGCGUUUUGGCCAGCGCAUGCGUCUCCCUGAACGCCAUCUACACCAAGAAGGUCCUCCCAGCAGUAGAUGGUAGCAUCUGGCGUCUCACUUUCUACAACAACGUCAACGCCUGCUUUCUCUUUCUUCCCCUAUUGCUUGUGUUUGGGGAACUGGGCAGCUUGAUGGCCUUCGACAAGCUGGCAGAGUUUUACUUUUGGGGCAUGAUGACGCUAGGAGGGAUCUUUGGCUUUGCUAUUGGAUACGUGACCGGGCUUCAGAUUAAGUUCACUAGUCCUUUGACCCACAAUAUCUCCGGGACAGCCAAGGCCUGUGCUCAGACCGUCCUGGCUGUGUUCUACUAUCAGCAGACCAAGAGUUUCUUGUGGUGGACCAGCAACGCUAUGGUUUUAGGGGGUUCCUUCUGCUACACAUGGGUGAAGGGCCUGGAGAUGAAGAAAACUCAGGCUCAGCCACUACCUACCACAAACGAAGAUGAGAAAAGUGUUUCGAAAGUCAACAUUCUAAAUACCUAAAGAACCUUAUCACGGAAAAAAAUCCUACAGGCCAAAAGCAUAGGAAGGACAUUUUUUGGGGGGGGCAGUGAUGUGGCUAUGGUUUCCACGGGUCUGCAACUUCUAAGAAUUUAGGAACAAUCAUUCCCUGUAAUAGAAAUUUGCCUAAAUAACUUAUUUUUUGACAAUACGUGCCUCACUGUACUUCACAUCCAUUCCAGUUAGAUGAAUUUGUGAACCAAAAAGGAUGGGUUUUUUUAAUUCUAUUUAAGGUGGUAGAUGUAAAUAUUAGGUAACCCAUGAUCUACAAUGCUGUAUAGCACAUCUGUACUACGUUAUAUACUGUAACAAAUGUGGCCUGCGCUCCGCAUUCUACAAUGAAGGGAAAAAAAUCUAUUGUUAACAAGAAAAGGCGUUCUAUAAUGUAUAAUUAUAUUGCUUAAGUGUACUUAACGCAACGAAGAGAUGUAGGAAUGUAUAACAAAACUGAAAAACAAAUCUUGUUGAAAUUUGUACACCAGUGAAAAUAAAUGUUGCCUUUUUUAUCGGUACAAA